AAAGGGCAAAUUUAGCAAUGGUGGAGUUUGUAAUCAGCCGUGUGUUGUAGAAAUAUAAUCGAAGCGCAAUGCUAGUGGCCUUGUCUUGUGUGUCAUUCUAAUAUUUCAUUAAUAAUAUCUAUUUCCUUCCGAUCAAAAUGUUGUACUUAGUGAAGUGAUUUUUUCGAGUGAUAAAAGUAUAAUGAAUUCGUUAGUCUUGACGGGAAGGCUAUUAUCUCGUGCCUUGUGGAAUGGAAUCUCUAGUUAUUCAUCUGUAGCUGAUCCCAACGUCAGUCGUAAGCGUGAGCCAUGCAUGUUAUCAGCAGUUUGCGGAUUUCCCAAAGAUUUUGCUAAAUCCGUUUCCUUAAGAGGAAAAUUUGGUGACGACGCCUGGUUCACAGCGAAAAGUAGGACGGCCGAUGUCCUAGGAGUAGCAGACGGUGUCGGUGGGUGGCAAGAGUAUGGUAUAGAUCCCGGUGAAUUUUCGUUAGUUUUAAUGAAAACUUGUGAACGUCUAGUUACGUGCGGCAGAGUUACUAAUCUUGAACCUUGUAGUCUACUAGCAAGAAGUUAUUAUGAACUUCUUGAAAAUAAACAGUCUAUAGUGGGUAGCAGCACAGCGUGUAUUGUUGUUUUAAAUAAAGAAACAUGUACAGUUCAGACUGCAAAUAUUGGUGAUAGUGGGUUUGUUGUCGUAAGGGCAGGCAAAGUAGUUCACAAGUCAGAGGAACAACAACAUUAUUUCAAUACUCCUUUCCAGCUAUCAUUACCACCUCCCUCUCAUGCGGAAUCUGUCAUCAGGGACAGGCCGGAGUCAGCUGACACUAGUAACUUUGCUGUCGAAGAUGGAGAUGUAAUACUACUAGCAACUGAUGGUGUUUUUGAUAAUGUUCCGGAUUCCUUGCUAAUUAGUGAAUUAUGUCGAGUUCAAGGGGAGCGUGAUCUUGUCAAGAUUCAAACAGUUGCCAAUACAAUAGCUCUAAUGGCUAGGAAGCUAGCUUUUGAUCAAAGGUUCAUGUCACCGUUUGCCAAAUCAGCUAGAGAAAAUGGCAUCUACACUGUCGGUGGUAAGCCAGACGACAUCACAGUGCUACUAGCCACUGUUGCCCUUUGAACCUCAAUUACAACGUUGCAUUUAGUGAAUCUGUAUACUUUUAAGUGAAAUUUUUGUGCUAGUUUUCAGUAGUUUAGUUUUAUUUUACGUCAAGUUCUGUAUAUUGUACAUAUUGUUUUCUCGUGUAAAUAUUUUUAGAUCGUGUACAGGGUGUUUUUAUCUUUUACCGACUACUUUAAUUAAGCAUAUUUCAUGCAGACUAUUCACUUUGCGAUUAUGAAAGACCAGAAAGAAAAGAGAAUCUUAUCUGGCUUAUAGAAUUACAUCUUCUGGUUUCCUUUUCUUCUUUUGAGACAGGUAGUUAACAAAUUUCAAAUAAUUCAAACUGCUCUAAAAAUCAGCUUUCUGUGCAGUAUCUGAUUAACAUCCGCAGUUUAUUAUGAAUUUCAUUUGUAAAAGAAAUGAAAUAUUGGCUACAAGCAACUUCUACCUCAUUGAAAUAGUUUGUUUGAUGGAGAGUUUUGCUUUUGAAGAUGAAAUGAAGAGAAUUUUAAUUUGUUACCUCUUGUCAGGGCUACUUUCAAAUUUCAUAAUAAUUUUGUUAUUGAUUUAAAUUUUAUGUUUGAUAAAUCAGAAAGAUCACUCAAGUGCAAUAACUUUCGCUCUGACAUGGAGUAAGUUGUGAAAACACAGAAAAUUAUUUAUCUCUCUUAAGCAAUGCUCUUUUUCACUACACUCAUGUUUCGCAUGUUAAUAUGUAGAAUCAAAACUGUUGCUUGUCCAGUCCUGAACAUUUCCUUCACUUUACUUUUAUUACUCCUUGAAACUUCGGUAGAAGAAAUACCAAAAAGAUUAAAUGCCCAUAAGAGCAAUCUCCCUUCAAUCCUUCACUUUUAAAGAUGUUCGUCAGACCUCAAUGGUCUUUCCCACAAAUGCAGUCGUUAGAAACAUUAAUAUCUGUUCUGUAAUUUGAAUAAGGAAAACGUCUCCCUAUUCCAGUAAUGUAAAAUCUAAGUGCUUAACUGGAAACUUUCAGAAAUGUGACAAACUCAACGGAAACUUUGACGAAAAAAUUGAAGACAAGUUAGAAAAAAUUGUAUUUGGAACUGUUGAAAAAUUUUGUCUAGUCCUUUAAGGGGUGUCUUCAUUUCAUAAAAGUCAUCAAUUUUUUUUUUAAAAAGAAGUCCCUCGUUCAUGUUUGUACAGCUUUAACUUGAAUCAGCCAAUGUUCUCUUUUUCAAGUGCAAAAGUAGCUCUCAUGUUUUAUUCAUUCAUAAGAAAUCAAGCAACACCAUACCCUGAAACUUUGUAUGAAAUUUCUCAGAUUAUGGGGAAGACUCUUACCGAAUUUCAAGGUAGAGGCCUUGUUAGUUUUUUUAUAAUAAAAUGAAACAUGAAAGGAAACUGCAAUUUUGAAAUGCAGUCAAACUGGUUUGAGUUAAUUCUGUCAAAUUUAACCAGUCUAUUUUCUAGUCUUUAGAGAAAGUACCCACUUGCUUGAUUUUCUACACUGAUUUAAUAAGGAGUGUAUUGUAACACUUCUCUCAGCUCAAUUUAGUUUACUGAAGUAGUUUCUUACACAUCAUACUUUUUUUUUCUGUAAUACUUUACCAUGUAAGCAAUCACCCGCUUCUUCUUACAUGAUAUUUAUAAUCAACCGCCUCCCCUCCCUGUCUCUGAGCAUAGCUAUAUAAGUAGUUAUACAAAUUAAUUUUAUAAGACAAUUAAAAAUUAUUCUGGUUUUGAAUUCAUCAUUGACUAAGUUAAGAACGUCUAUUCAAUUCAUAAGUUUCCCAGUGAGUUAAUUCUCUCUCUUUUUAAUCAGUUCUGGAUUCUUUUAAGCAUAUUGUUCCUUUUCUUGAAGAGUAUUCUGUUUGUAGAUCAGUCUGAGCCUCAAAUGAAGUAAUUAAUAUCACUUUAAUCAAUAAAAAAUGAUUAAAUCUGAUGGUUGUACGAAAUUAAACUUUUUCCAAUUCGAUAUCGGGAGCUGGUCUUUUCAGAAGUUGAGAAGUAGAAUCGUUGCAAAUCACGAAUCAAUUAAAUAACAUUUAUAAUUUCCCUGCCUGAUUUCAUUAAAGUUGUAAAACCUAUUUUGAAAUCUUUAAAGGAAGUCGUUUCCUCCUGUUCACCUGUGGAGAUUUGUGCUGCAACUGUACUGUAAUUCUGUGUAUUGAGCGAAACCUCCAGUCUAGAUUACUUUCUCUUUCUUUCUAACGAUUUGAAAAUUCUGUCCAUUUAAGCCAUGUUGUAAUUUUUAUUUGUUCAGAAUCCAGGAAGUGGUGUUUUGCUGUGAUGUUUAGUCCAGGAUUUGGUACUGGUCCAAGUUUUGGAGCUUAGUAAGUUCUUGAUUUUGCCUAGCCAAUUUUCAAGAACUAUAAAAAGUAAGUUCAAACUGUGAACUAUUAAUGUUUAAAUCAUGGUCUACCUACGUUUUUAAGUCGAAAUGAUGUUAAUAUAUCUUAAAUUAAAUCUGUCUAGUAAGGAUUUAUUGUAAUUUGAUUAAUUAAACUAUUUAUUGUUUUCUUUUUUAAA